AUGUCUCAAACAUUCCACAUCCUCGUCCUCCCGGGUGACCACGUUGGCCCCGAGGUCAUGGCCGAAGCCCUCAAAGUCCUGGACAUCGUGGAAGAAUGUCGUCCCAACCUCAAGUUUGAGCGCACAUUCGACCUCGUUGGCGGCAGCAGCAUCGACAAGCACGGUGUGCCGAUCACAGAAGAAGUCCUCGAUAAGGCCAGCAAGGCAGAUGCGGUCCUGUUUGGAAGCGUGGGAGGGCCGGAGUGGGCAGAUGCUUCUCCCAACCCGGAGGCUGGCAUCUUGGGGCUUCGUCAGAAAUUGGAUGCCUUCGCCAAUCUUAGGCCGUGCGAGAUCCUCGUGCCGUCCCUGUUGGAAGCAUCUCCCCUGAAGCCAGAGAUUGUCAAGGGCACCAAAUUCAUCGUCGUCAGAGAAAACUGUGGCGGUGCUUACUUUGGAGACAAAGUUGAGAAGCCCGAAGUUGCGUCUGAUCUCUGGGUCUACAAGCCUGACGAAGUUGAGCGUUGUGCUCGAGUGUCAGCAGCAGUAGCCCGUAUCCUGGGCAGAAACGGAGACGGCAAAGGCGGCGGUGGUCCAGCCAUUGUAUGGAGCGCCGACAAGGCAAAUGUCCUCGCCAGCGGCAGACUCUGGCGGAGAGUCACCCAGGACAUCUUCACUAGGGAGUUCCCCGAUAUUGAGCUGCGACAUCAGCUCGCUGACAGCAUGGCGAUGCUCAUGGUCAAGAACCCGCGCGGCUUCAAUGGCGUGAUCCACACGGACAACACCUUUGGAGACAUCCUCUCUGACAUCUCCGGCGGCAUCGUAGGCAGUCUCGGCACGUUGCCGAGCGCGAGCAUUUCCGGCAUCCCUGGCCAGCGCUGCAAGGGGAUCUACGAGCCGGUGCAUGGGAGCGCGCCUGAUAUCGCCGGCAAGGGGAUCGUCAACCCUGUUGCACAGAUUCUCAGUCUGGCCAUGCUGCUGCGGUACUCUUGCGUGCUUGUUGACGAAGCCGCGGCUAUUGAGAAGUCGGUUGAGACUGUGUUUGACUCGAAGGAGGCGGGAGGGCUUGGAAUUCGGACACGGGACAUGGGAGGCGAGGCGGGGACCAAAGAGGUCGGGGAUGCUAUUGCCGGGGAGGUUCGGAGGCUUUUGCAAGCGAGCUGA